CAAACAUCACCGAGAGAAAACACAUCCAGAGCUCGAUGUGGUCUGAUCUGCCGGGAACAGAACUACAUCCAGAGUCUCUUUGAGCUCUGCUGAGCCCGACGCUGCCGGUACCAAACCUGAUCUGGAUGCUCUGCCUCCGACGAUCCUCUGAUAGCACCACGCGCUUUCAGGACGUCACCAGAACUCGUAUGUGGAAACUUUAAUUCACUGAACUGCAAUCAAUCCUUUGUUUGAUCUGAUACCACCAGCAGGGUUUGUCGAGGCACUGAGGAAGCUCUCCUGGUACCAGUUGCUCUCUUGAUGCUCCUCCAGAACCAGACUUUUACUUCUACCUUUAUUUAAUUCUUCUGGGAUGCUCAAAGCUGAAGACAAACUGGAAACUUCACCAGUUUCAAAUUGUUUUGAGCCCUUAAACAUCUCUGAGUUCUUCUUGGAUGAAUGUGUUGUGGACUCUCUACCAGUACCUCCAGUAUUUCUGACCAGCACUAAACCUCCUUUCAUGUCUUGAGGUUCAACACUUCUUGUUUCUCUGGAUCCUCUGCUGUUUCUGAACUACCCCUGCAUAUAAGAGACUAUUUCCAGACUCCUUACCAGUGUAGCCCUCUUCUGGACUUUCACACCUUCUGGAUCCUCUUCCAGCAGUUUGAAGAUAUUCAUGGCUGCUCUCUUUGUGCUGGGAAAGAUCCAGAUCCAGCGCUAGGCUUUGGGGUGAGCAGUAUGGUGGCAGGGCAGAGGCCCUUUGGCCUGCUGGUACAGCGGUUAAACUCUGGAUGCUCUGUGGAGUUCAGCAAACAGAACAGCAAAAUGGGAAAACAGUUGGAGGAGCCCAGCACCAAGCGCAGUAAGCCUGUAUCCAGGGUGACCUCUCUGGCCAGCCUGCUGCCGCCCGUCAAGACCGCCCCGCUGAAGAGGAUUGGUCAGACGCUGCAGUCUCUGUCCCUGCAGCGCUCCAUCAGUUUUCGUAAUGAGAGUCGGGCAGAGAGAGCCGCUCCUCCUCCUCCUCCUCCUCCCUCCUCCACAAUGAAGACACGCGUUAUCUCAGCGACGCUCUCGAACCCUUCGUCUUCCAUGCCACGGGUUUCCACGGCAACGGCCCCAGCCUCCAAACGCCGUGACAGCAAGCUUUGGAGCGAGACGUUUGACGUCCGACUGGGAGCGAUGCAAACUCUGAGCCCAAAAGACAUAAAACGACAAGAGGCGAUAUUUGAGUUGGCUCAGGGCGAGCAAGACUUGGUGGAGGAUCUCAAGUUGGCCAAGAAGGCCUACCAUGACCCCAUGCUGAAGCUGUCCAUCAUGACUGAGCAAGAGCUGAACCAGAUCUUUGGUACUCUGGAUUCACUGAUACCGCUGCAUGAAGACCUGCUGAGUCGCCUCCGAGACGCCAGAAAACCUGACGGGUCCACAGAACACGUCGGACACAUCUUGACUGACUGGCUGCCCUGCCUCUCCUCCUACACGGCGUACUGCAGUAACCAGGUGAAAGCCAAGGCCCUGCUGGACCAGAAGAAGCAGGACCGGCGGGUCCAGGACUUCUUGCAGCGCUGUCUCCAGUCACCCUUCAGCAGGAAGUUGGACCUGUGGAACUUCCUGGACAUUCCCCGCAGCCGGUUGGUGAAGUACCCGCUGCUGCUCAGGGAAAUCCUGAAGCACACGGCCAACGACCACCCGGACCGGCAGCACCUGGACGAGGCGAUGCUGAUGGUUCAGAGUGUGUUGGCCGACAUCAACAGGCAGACAGGAGAGUCGGAGUGUCAGUACUACAAAGACCGUCUGUUGUACGACGGUCAGAGGGACGAACUCAUCGACCGGUCAAAGACGCUCAGCUGCCAUGGAGUGCUAAAGAACAACAGAGGACUUAAACUCCAUGUGUUCCUGUUCCAGGAAGUCCUGGUCAUCACCAGGUCCGUUUCGGUGAACGACCAGCCAGUCAACUACCAGCUCUGCCGGCAGCCAAUCCCCAUCCGGCAGCUGGACCUGGAGGACCUAUCAGAUGGAGAGAUGAGAGUGGGCGGGUCUAUCCGAGGAGCCUUCAGCAACAACGAACGGACAAAGAAUUUCUUCCGGGUUUCGUGGCUCACUGGAGGUCAGCUGCAGAGCCACUGUUUCCAGGCCAGUGACGCCUUCAACAAACAGCAGUGGAUCAACUGCAUCAAACAGGCCAAGGAAGCUGCAGCAGUGACUGGAGACCAGCCACCACAGACGUGUUGCCUGGAGACGGGCCUGGGUGGACAGAUUGGGCCCCUUGUUGAGACAGGUCUCAGUUUGCACAGUGAUUCUGGGCUUAAAAGUGAGAAGAGGAUGUGGGGGGAGACGGAGGCAGACCUGGGAUUGGAAGGAGAGGUUGGCUUGAAUGGAGAGAACGAUCUUGGUAAAGAGGAAGCAGCGAGUUUGACUCCAGAGAUGGUGGAGGCAUCUUUAGGUGUGGAUGGUGGGACAUGUUUGGAGGCAGAUGGAGAAUCAGGGAUGGACGGUGAGACAAAGACAUGGGUGGAGAUGGAGUCUGGGCAGGUGGGGGUGCAGCCAGGAGCCACUGCAGACUGGAAGAUGGAUGGAGAAGGACAGACUCUCAGCAGAGAUGAUGUUCCCACUUCCCUUCUCUCCUUUCCGUCUCCCACUCCAGAAGAGGAGGAGGAGGUGAUGGAGGAGGAUCAGAGAGAUGUUAAGGAGGAGGGGGAGGUCGGCAUGGACACCAGUGAGGUUGACUCACUGCAUGGUGAGGAGCUGACCCACAGGUGCUGAUGAAGGGACCAAACAAACAAAGGACGACACCCUGAAGGGCAGCCAGUCAAGCUGGGUACUCAUGAAACUGUCACUGAUAAAACCAAACAUGAAUGAUCAAACAGCAUUGAAUAUGGUAGAUUCCAGCCCUCUGGUGGAGUCACAUGACAGAGCAGCACUCACAUCAUGGUCACACAGGCACUCAUGGAUGUAUUAUAUGGACUGGACAUCGGACUCAUACGUAGCCCCAACUCACUUGAAUGAAAACUACUCCUCUGGUGCCAGUAUGUGUUACCCCUGGUGGUCCCGCCAGCUGACUUCUGCUCGACCCGCUGACUUUACUUUUACUCAAAAAUAAACCUCACUUUUCUCGGUGCUGAGAGAUUUUUAAACAAAUGAAACCUCCAUGGAUUAUAAAUCCAAUAUUACAUUGCAUUAUUACACUGGAGGUCUAUUGGUAAAGUUCUUCUUUGAGCCACAGGGGAUUUUUUGUUGUUGUUGCAGUACCACAAGUGGCCACUGGUGAGACUAAGUCGUGAUAAAGUCAAUAUUUUAUGUCUGCAAUUGCAGAAAAGGCUGCAGUUGUAGGACCGCACUUCCAGGACCCUCGCUGACGUGUGCAACUUAUGGCUUUAAAGGUUUAUUGAACCCCAAAGGCUACUUACGGUUUUAGUGGUUUGUUCAACCCAAAAUACGACUUUCUGUCCAAAUGCUUAUUGUUUUACAGUUUUCUUCAACCAAAAUAGUACUUUCUAACUAACCAGUUAUGGUUUUUACGUUUUUUUCCCACCAAAAAUACUACUUUCUAACAAAUGUGUUGUGUUUA